AUGGAUGUCAAUGAAACCAAUUAUUUCAACAAGGUUCUACAGACCUGCUCUUCAUACCGUAGACACGCGCUGAACCAUAACCACCGUCGUCGUCAUGACUUUAUGGCUCUUGCUGAACAUCACAAAAAGUUGAUUCCUCAAGUGCUCGACAAAAUUAACCUUGUAGACGAAAAGAUUCAUGCCAACUCUCAUUUUUUAUCUUUGAUGAUUGAUGGCUCUGAUACACCUAUUGUAAUUGACAGUUCAGCUCCUCCUGUGUCGGCUGAAAUGGAUAAAGUCCGUAGCACGCUGAAACAGUUUGUGAGGGAUUGGGCAGUACAAGGAAAACCUGAGCGUGAGGCAACUUAUCGUCCGAUACUCGACACACUCGAAGCACUCUACAGCAACACUAGUGUCACCGCAAGAGGGAAUGUCCGUGUUCUUGUACCUGGUGCUGGUUUAGGCAGACUGGCGUUUGAGAUUGCUAAGCAAGGCUUUAGCUGUCAAGGGAAUGAAUUUUCCUACUACAUGCUAUUGGCAUCCGAGUUUAUACUAAACAGGUCAACUGCUGCUGAACAAUAUGAGCUCUACCCUUUUAUUCAUUCGUUCUCAAACAUAAAGUCAAGCAACCAACAGCUCACUCCCAUUCGUGUACCCGAUGUGGUUCCUGGAGACUUGCCUCCGAAUGCCGACUUUUCGAUGGUUGCUGGAGACUUUUUAGAAGUCUACAAAGACGACAAUAAUUCAUGGGAUGUGAUUGUGACAUGUUUCUUUAUUGACACUGCAAAGAAUAUCCUUGAAUACAUCGAGACUAUCCACAGAAUACUAAAGCAGGGUGGUACUUGGAUUAACAUUGGCCCACUACUCUAUCAUUUUGAGGAUUCGAUCGAUGAAUCUUCAGUGGAACUUUCGCUCGAAGAACUCAGACAAGUAGUUCAAUCCAUGGGAUUUACUUUCAAGGAGGAGAAAAUGAUACCUACUGCUUACACUGGUAAUCCAGAUGGCAUGCUUAGUUAUGUAUAUGACUGUGCCUUUUGGACAGCGGUCAAGAACCCUUGCUAA